ACGCACCGCCAACCAGACCGUAACGAAUAAAGCAGUUGCAAUCCGUGUACAACCUUGAACGCUGUCGUUUAAGCUUCGUAUCUGAAUUCUGAAUUCUUCUCCGACCUUCCUUCAUCGAUCUCUCUUCUCAUCUCCAUCUCCAUGUUCAUGUCGCUUCCUUAUUCGCUUCUCCUUCUUUUCUCUUCGAUAUUAUUCUUCACAGAUUUCCCAGGGUUGGUUGUAUCUGCGGACGUGACUCUGAGCUCGAUUGAAAUCUUCACAACCCACGAGUGGCUAAAAGCCACUCCAGCUGUCUAUUUUCGGUGCAAAGGGGACAACAAAACCAACUUGCCUGAUGUAAAAAAAACCAACGUUUCUUAUACUUUUAAGGGUGAAGAGUCUUGGCAGCCUUUAACUAAUUUCUCUGGUAAAAAGUGUAAACGAUGUGGAUUCUAUGAAGAAGACAAGAUUCUUUAUGACGAUGUGUUUGACGAGUGGGAAUUGUGUCCUUCUGAUUUUACGGCCCCUGAUGGAAGAUAUAUCUACUUCAAGGAAAACGAAUUCAAUGCUAGUUUUCUCUGCUUAGAUUGCUUAAAUAUUACUGGUGUUUCUGUCUCUGCACCGCCGGCCAAGAAUCAAGAUCACAGUAAAAGAGAAAUGCAUGUAGCAGUUAUCGUUUUGCUAACUAUUCUGGGCUCAGCCAUAUUGAUGCUGGUAACGUUGGUUGUGUACAAGUAUUGGCAAAAGAGGAAGAGGGAGCAGGAUCAGGCUCGGUUUAUGAAGCUAUUUGAAGAUGGCGAUGACAUUGAGGAUGAGCUCGGCCUUGGAACUAUAAUAUGACAGCAAACAAAUUCCCUCUUGUACAGUAGGUUUACCUCACAAUUUUGUUUAAGAAAAUUUAUUGUUCAUAUUACCUGUACAUACCAUUACCACAAAUUUAUGUAUGGCUGUUUGAACUUCACCUGAAAGAAAUACGUUAACAAUCAAAUUAUUUAAGAUUACUUUUACAAAUUUAAA